UGAUCUUUUCACUGCACCAGCUUAGCAGUCGAAGGGUUUUUAUGAUCAUUUUCGUGGACAAUAAAUAAAUAUAUAUACGCUAAUAUUGUGCGAUUACGUAUAACCUUCACUCUCAUCAUCAUUCAAAAAAAAAAAAAUUACUAAAUUUCUCUGUACCUGAACUGAGUGUUUUUGAAGGUUGAGUUUUCUUGGGAAAUCAUGAAGAAGAAGAUGGGGAAUGAGAGAAGGAUGAUCGAAGCUCUUGCUUUGGUGUGCUCCUUGCACGUUGAGAUAUUGUCUGAUAAUGAUCGUAGUCAUCAUUUGGGUUCGGUUGACGAUUUGGUUGAAGAAAAACUGAGAAAUAUUGAUGUAAUGAAAGAAUUAAAGGAAGACACCCCGAAACGGCACUGUACUGCUUCUACUUCUGGGCAGUACUACUCUCCCUCAUCAUCAUCAUCUGAAGAAACAAAAAGGAGUAACGACAUCAUGAUCUUUAAAAGUGGCAUCCCAAAACGACGCCGUACUGCUUCUACACACUCAUCAUCAUCAUCAUCAUCAUCAUCAUCAUCAUCACCAUCAGAAAGAAAAAGGAGCAACGACAUCAUGAUCUUAGAAAGCGGCAUCCCGAAACGACGCCGUACUGCUUCUACUCACUCAACAUCAUCAUCAUCAUCAUCUGAAGAAAGAAAAAGGGGCAAAGACGACACGAUGACGUUAGAAAGCGGCAUCCCGAAACGACGCCGUACUAGUGAUGAUCAUCAUGAUGAUGAUGUAGUACUACGAGUAGUGCCUGAAGAAACGAAGGUGACAAGAAGAAAUAAGUCGAAUAAUAAAAGAAAGAGGAUCAGGGAUGAUAGUGAUACGAGUAAUACAAGUAAAGGAGGUGUAAUUCAUGGACCGAACCCUCCUCCGCCUAUUUCUGAGGAGCUGGCCCAAGUCAUUCGCGGUAUGACUACCGGUGAUCAACUCAACCUCAAAUUGGUUAUUCAGAGAAAACUCUUCCAAACGGAUACUCUUGCACGACAAAAUCGUCUUCAAAUGCCACGCAAUCAGAUCAGUUCUGAUGACUUCCUCAACGACGAUGAGAAGAAGAAAUUGGACCAAAAUGAGGGAAUUCAAGUUAGGUUCAUUCAACCCAACCUUGAAGAAGAAAAUGGCUUAGUUUUCAGGAGGUGGAAAUACAAGAACGUCAACUGUGCGGGUUACGUGUUCAACAAAAAUUGGCACAAAGGUGUUGUUCAGAAAAAUGGACUCGAGUGUGGGCAACUUGUUCAGGUCUGGUUUUUUAGGGACAAGGAUGGAAACCCUUGUUUUGCCAUGGUCAAUCUCGGCUGAUCAUUUUUGGUAUUAAUUGGUCUAAUUUCUUAGUGGGAUUAAUGUUUUGUCAUAUAUAUACCUAUUUCUUAAUUUUGGAAUUUAGUGAUUAAUAUCUGCAUGUAUUAAUAUCUGAUUAA